AUGCUUGCCCACGCCGCCAAAACCCCCUCAAUCGUACCCUCGCGAAAUGCCCUCCGAGUACUUCGCCAAUUGGCACUGGCCGGCUCAACAGUUGGUGGAUUCUGCACCGUUGCUGUCCUUACGUACGAAGCCCAUCGUCGGGUCCGCGUCGCCGAAAAAAUAGUCGAUAACAAACGAACAUUACACAACACUGCACCAAAUUAUGAUGCAACCUCUGCAGCCAAAAGAUUGAAGGUGAUGGUGGAGGCAGCAGAAGCUGGCGAGUUCAUGGGCAUUGAGUCUCUCAAGCUGAGGAAUCGGAACCUACCUGAGGGGCCACUUGAGCCAGGGACAGACCUCGAAGGGAGUCCAGCGAAUAAUCCCAAACCAAAGCCAAUGAUCUCCUUGGCUAAGCAUCAUGCCCGCUCGAAGCAUUCGCUCUUUGGACCCCGUCCAAAACAACGAUUUGACGACAAAAACCCUUUCCACGUGGGAUUAUUGGCCCGGAACCAGAGGAUACUGGCCCGGGAAAACAAACAAGCAGAGGAUGCUCGAGAAAAUGGGAAACUUCCAUUUGAGGCUGAAAUACGCAAGUUGAUCAACGAAGAUCGGGAAAUCACUGCCGCAAAUCUAUUCCUUGCAGCUACCGCCAGCGCAAAGAAUAUAUCCUGGGAGCGGAGGGAGAUCGGCUGCUAUAUCUUUACGGCAAAUUGCAUGAAGGGGAAUCUUUUUGUUGCUCGAACUUUGUUCAACCGCUUGGACCAGGUCAGUAUCGUGUCGAAUGAAAUGUGGGCUACGAUCAUGCACCUGCUUGCAAAGGAGGGCCACAUCGAUUCUGUCGGUGUCAUAUAUGACAGAUUCAGGACAAGCUUCGUUGUCCCUGCACAUCUCUUGGAGGUCAUUCUCAGAUGUCUCAUUGAGUCCAAACGAUUGGACUCCGCAAAGUUCCUCUUCUUCCAACGUUUCAAGGAUGAUCGCGACUGUGGUUUAUGCGGCGCCUAUUUGGACGGCCUAUGGAGGAAGACCAGAAGUAUGGAACUGGUCUCUUCUCAGCUCCAACAGAUCAUCGAUCGCCUCGAAUCACUUGAUCGCAAACCAACCGAGAAGCUUUUUAACCCAGUGGUCAAAGCCAUGGUAGAAACAGGGAGAGCAGAAGAAGCUGAAACCUUGGUCAAAGAAAUGAUACCAAAAUAUGGCGCUAAACCUGGCUGUCGCACCUUUGGUUUGAUUAUUUACAGCCGUGCACUCAGCUGUGAAUGGGAUAGAGUCAUGGAUGGAAUGUAUGCGAUGCAUGAGCACGGUUAUACCUCUAACACGAAGGACUUCGCCAUUGCGUUUGACCGCGUAUUCUUGGAGUACUACCCAACUCACACCGGCAACCAAAUCUUCGAUUUCCUCAUCUCUUGCAUCAAUGACUUCAAUCUCCAUCCAGACAAGGUUCUCCACAGACAUAUACUCGAAGCCCUGAUUGAAAAGGGCACCGAGGAGAUGAUCACCAUGCUUAUGGAUAUGGCCAAUGAGCGCAAGUGGGACACUGGUUUCAACCGAAAAGAAAUCAAGGACCUGGUCAAGACUCGACGACUCGCAAUGACCGACAGCCCAGUUGGAAUUUGGAGGAUGUUGCAAACAGCCAAAAGUGGAUCGAAGCACUCGACUUCCACCCGGCGCAUCUUCGGGACUAGUUCUGAGAGUUGGACAGUGCGCGGGGAGAAGAUUGCUCCAAUCCACCGUCCCGCUGAGGAGAGCUACUCAAAAACAUUGGACAUGAUGGCCACCAAGAACGCCGAUCUCUUCGUGCCGCUUCAUAAACGGAUGGAACACUGUAUCAACAUGGGCAACCAUUCUGAUGCCCUGGCAAUGUACGAUGAUGCGACCCAUGGUGGAUUUGUCGUGAGACCAAUUCAUUUAACGUUGGCCAUCAUCGCGGCGAUUCUCGGGUGCAGCAAGCUAGGCCUGGCGAAUGCUCGACGCCUGAUCACUUCCGAGUGGGACUACUGGAAGGCGAUUCCUUCCCUGCGCUAUUCCAAACGUUUCACCUCAUGGAGUCCAAUGUUCUUCCAGCGGGUGAUGAAGGUGGAUCCGAAGGCUAUAGGCCCUGGCGGUCUGAUCAAGAUGGCCAUGUUUGAAUACUAUAACAUCUGUGCCACGACCGACGGUCUCGCGGUGAAGCACUUCUCGGCGGCUUCCAGUAGUCGUCAACUUAUCACAGGAGGAACACCAGAACUUGCUGUUGACCUUCUCACCACAAUCUACCAAUCUCGAUGGCGCAUCUCUCAUGGCUUUGAUCAAGUCCUUUUGAAAAUGUUGAUGCGGGCCUAUGCCGGGCUUGGCAAUCUGAAAGGCAUGUGGUGGUGCAUUCUCACAAUCCUAUCACGCCAAGAAAGUAUCAAGCAAGACUUUGUCGUGGAAGCCAAGUCCUUGUUGAGCACAUUGGAGAAAAACAUGCUUCCCACUGCAUCUGGUGAAAUUGCGGAGCAAGUCCGCAUACUUCAGAAGACCGUUCAAGUGCUGGAAGCCAAGUCUACAGGCGACCCACACUGGUCAAAUAUCAGUGUCAACCUGGAGUUGAAGAAGGCCGGACGAUCAAAUCAGUCGCAGCACACCGAUAAUCAAAACUUGAUUCCCGAUACCUGUUUAGAGGAUCUGAUCUCGUCGUUUGACGAGGAGCGGGAGCUGGAUCACUUGCUACAGCGGAAGCAGUUCGAUGCAGAUGGCCAUACAAAGUGGUGGGAUGAGUCCAAUCUCUCCAAGGUGCACUCAGCAAGUCCCGAGGAUCCCAUCUAUCCGGAGUACGCGGCUGAGACCUGGGAUCAGUACUAUGUGCCUGAGCAGGACCACUCCCGCUACCAUCUUGAGUUUACCCCCUCGGAGUCUGGGGAGUAA